CACCAAUCGCCACCAAUCGCUAACGGGUCGGGACGGGUAGGAGCACUGAUGGAAGAAAUGGAAGGUGGAGGAAAUAUGUUAGCUACCACGAAGGAGGCUGCUGAGCUUAUUCCCUUGGAUCAGUAUGUAACACUGGGAUACCCGGGGCUCGGGAUGAUCGGUACGAUUAGACCUGCGCCGGAACAACGAGAUGUGGCGGAGUGGCAACCUUCUCUAGGAGAGAUGAAGUUGGGAGGACCCACCUUCGUCACCGGCGAAAUCGAUGUUUUAAACAUCAUCCGAGCAUUGGAUCAUCAGAUUCCUCUUCCGAUCGGUCAUCUGCUUUCGAUAUCAGAACAAGCUAACGAACGUAUGUUGCAGCACUGCAAAGCAAAUCGGAAGCGAUUUGGCCUUGCCAGAACGGCCAACACGAAAACGAAAGGACCAAUGCCAUACGAAAAUGCCGCAGGCGCUUCCGAUCCCAUACACACAGGGCUAAUCCAGAAGGAUGAUAAUUUCCUGCGGAUUAAACCUAUCCCAUGGAAAUCCGCGGAAUGUGACAUUGAGGUGUGGGGAAUUCCAUAUAAUGCCAUCAUCGAUUCGAGAGCCUCUGUUUUGGCUAUUUUGCUACGGGUAGUUGAAAAAGCAGGAAGAAAAAACGACUUAAUUAUGCUAACAGAAAGAGAUCAACUCUUUUCCGCAGACAAAGAAAAUAUUAAAACGGUGGGACGGAUGACCAAUGUUGCAUUUCGAUUAGGGAAGGUGCAUGCUUUGGGAGAUGUCGUAGUAUUAGAUGUCAAUACUUACGACGUUCUUUUCGGCCUUCCCGCCCUGGUAGCGCUGCGAGCCAAUCUAGACUUCGAAAGACGGUCGAUUAUCCUCCGAAAUACGGGAGGGAAACCUUAUGUUGUGCCGAUGAGACUGACCCUUCGUACGACCGCUAACAUAGCCCCACGAGUUUCUCCCGCGAUGACGGGGACCCUUUGUAUGAUUACCUGGGACAACAGGCAGAGAUCCAAGGACGCAGACAGCAGUGAUGAUGAUGAUGAUCCCGUAAUCCUGGAGAUGGCACAAGAACGCAUCCAGUACCCCGUGCAACGAACAAAUGUUAAAACGAUGAGUAGGACUAACCAAGAUUUGCAAAGAACACAGGCUAUGAUUAUGGGAGAACCUCUCGUACAGAUUUCAAGGAUGGUCGAUUCUUUGGAGCCCCCUCGAACCAUGUACGAAGGGAUCUCCCCUCUUCUCGCCCGAUAUAACGACAAAAGGCACUACUGCGAUAUCACGGAUCUCCCGAAGUCUCUGUUGACAUCCGCAAAAGAAAUUCGAUUGUUGCGAUUGGGGGCCGAGAUCAACUCUUUGGAACCCCCUGAGCGCCUCGAGAAUGGGCUCGGAAUCAAGAUUGCAACGAAACCUGUGCCGUGGCAAGACAUUCGAGACGGGGUAACACCCGAAGAACACGUGGCCAUCAGAGAACAAGAUGCACAGAUGAUGGCCACGGUGUCCUCCUGGCGAUCGGAUAACUCAUUCAUCUCCACGCCCCCGCCAGGAAAUACCAAGCGGUGGGUUCGAUGUCCAAUGGGGAUUUGCAAUGCGCCGGCCACGUUUCAGCGGGCCAUGAACGUCACGUUUCAGAACUUCGUCAACAAGAAACAGUUAACGCAGGGAAUGAUCAACUUCUGCGUCAUCGUGUACAUGGACGACAUCCUGGUUUAUUCGGAGACCUAUCACGGCCAUGCGCAGCAUAUCGAGUGGACAUUAGGUGCUCCGAGAGACGCUGGAUUCAAGAUCACACUCGAGAAGAGCGAAUUUUUCCUUUCGGAAAUUUUGUUCUUGGGAUACGUCGUGACACGUGGAGGGCUGCGGCCUGACUCAAGGAAGGUCGCAGCGGUGAAGGAAGCUCUUGUUCCCACAUUACUAACGCAGGUUCGAGCCUUCUUGGGGUUAGCCUCAUACUAUCGCCCUUUCAUCAAGGGCUUCGCCGCGAUUGCACGACCACUAACGAACCUGCUGUGGAAGGACCAGCCCCUCAGUUGGGACGCGGAGUGCGCGCACGCCUUUGUGGCCCUCAAGGAAACUCUGGCAACGACACCUAUUUUGAUCCGACCGGACCCCUCGAAGCAGUUCAUUCUCAUCACGGACUGGCAACCGGAGGCUAUUUCCGCUAUUUUAGCUUUUCUUACGGAGCGAGCUCUCAACGAUCAUCUGCUCGCGCCACGAGGCUACAUCUCAGCGAUCCGGCAGGUUCAUCAUCCGCGGCUCAAUCUGGAUCUUCUACGACUUGCGCAGUUCUUCUGCACCCAGGGGGUAUACGCAGCAGCCGAGUUCCGAUUCGCGGGCAGUCGCCAGGCGGUUGUGCUGGCAGAGGCAGUAACUGUCCAACAAUGGUCAGCUCUAGGGAUCAGCCACGUGUCCACAGUUGUCGCCUUCAAUGGCGACAUUAGCACGGUCAGUGCGUUGCGGCAUACUGCCAUCCGAACGAAGUUACGCGAGUGGGGCCAGCAAUUGGUGGCUGAGUGGAACCACUGGCUCACGCGCCACAGGGACAAUCUUGCCCUUACGGACGACAUCGACCUCGGUGGGAUUCGAGCACUCCAGCACGAGCCGGCGGUGGUGCUUCCCGAAAUCGUCCCCUUCCAACCGCCGGUCCGGGAGGCGUCGGGGAACAACAGGGAUCCUCCGAGGCAGCAAUACCGAACGCCGUCUUUGUCGAGGGGUACCUCAGCUCGGCCCCUGUGGAUCCAGUCACCGUCUCCCCUGUCCACCACUUCGACUGCAGCCCGUCGUCGAGGCGAAUUCGGGGAGACUGAUUGUGGCAUCGACGACGUUGGUGAUGCACACGACGGGAGGGAGGUGUGGGCAGAACAACGACAGACGCUUCAUCCACGGCGGGAGGAAUCCAUAACUCAUGGGGUGCAGCGACUGCGUGUGGGGGAGCACGAAGACGACGGCAAUGCACCUGCGGUGGGCCCAAAUGAUCAGGAGUGGAACAACGAACACGGCGAAGGUGGGGAGGAGGACGCAGGCCACGUACCGCCGUUCAAGCAAAGCAGCAUGAAAGGGAGGGGCGGGAAGACGAGGGCGUGUGCUCACAAUGGUCGUUGGGGGGAAAUAGCGGUGGGGAAGGGGAGCGAUGCCGAAGCUGACGCUAACGCAGAAGGAGGUCGUCAGUUCUGGUCCGUGGACAACAUGAUAGCCCUCAUCCGGGCUAAACGUGACCAGGACUCGCAUCUGCAGGGGAUGGGUACCGCGUUCGCUCGUAUGAAGCCGCGAGAAUGGAAGUGGUUGGAUGUGGAGCAAAGGUUGAAGAAGGUGGGCGUCGACAGAGAAGCAGAACGGUGUGGGAAGAAGUGGGACAAUUUGAUGCAGAAGUUCAAGAAGGUGCAUCACCUCCAAGGCUUGUCCGGGAAACAGGACUUCUUCCAAUUCUUUGGGAAAGAGAGGUUGUCGAAGGGCUUCAAUUUCAACAUGGAUCGUGCGGUUUACGACGAGAUCCUGGGGUCGACCGCAAAGAGCCACACCAUAAACCCGAAGAACGUCGCCGACACUGGUGUUCCGGGUGGUGUGCGUCUGCCGUCCGCCAGUUCUGCGGAUCAUGAAUCUGUAGGUGAUGGGUACGCUGCUGCAGGGCACGACGACGAUGACGACGGGUCGACUAGAGGUUCUUCUCAGACAACGGGAAACCCUGCUGGUUUCGCCAAAAGGAAGAGCACGAGGCAGCAAACUUUUGAAGCGAUGACAGAAUGCAUGGAGAAGCACGGGGCUCUCGUGGCGUCGUCGAUGGACAACAGCAGCAAACGGCAGUGCUCCAUCCAAAUCCGCCAGUGCGAGGCAUUGGAAGCGGAGGUCGAAGUGCAAAAAAAACACUACGCAGCGUCUGACGAAGUUAGCAAACUGAUGUGUCACGCUCUGCUGGAGAUAGCGAAGGCCAUCCGCGAGCGUCAGAGUUCGUGUCGCCUCUGUUGUGCGCCUCGUCGCUUCCAUCGUCCACACGACGCGAAAGUGAUAGCGGUGCCGUCGUCGAUGUACCCGUCGCCUGCGCGUCGCGGACGUGGCGGUUUCCGAUUGGCCGUGCUGGCCAGGGAAGUGGGUGGUGGUCCAAUUGGGUGGAUGAGUCCUCCAGUGACAUCGCCGUACCCUUCCGCUUCAACUGCAGGAGCUGAAGAGAAGGACGAAGUUGAGUCCAAAGCUGAACAUGGCCAGAUACACAUACCCCGUCGGCUGCUGCCUGCUGCAACCGUUUCCCACCAUCCGCUGGAAAGGGAAGUCACUCUGUCACCGUCUCCAGAUAACAUCGACGAACCGAACUGCGCGCCUUCUCCUAACCAGGGCGAAUUCAUUCACCCCCGUGUGGUGAAAGAAGCCCACUUACCUAUGACCAGGUCUCCGUCUCCCAUCUCUGUCACCCUAGGGGAUGACAAGACCCAGCGCUUCUUUGAUCAGACGGUCACCGAUCUCCUUUUCUUCCUCACCCUCGAGCCGACUGAUCGUUCCCCGGCGUCUCAUCGCCACCGCUCCUCUACACAUUUGGAUGUGAUGGAGAGGGGGUACGACUUCAUUCUCGGCACUCCGUGGUCUCGUCGGUUCCGCAGCACCGAGGCCGAUUGGGCGACCAACACUCUCGUUCUCAAAACGAAGURUGGACAGACGUAUCGCGUACCUUUCAUAGGUACCAYKRCGAUACCACGCCCCGAUCCUCCUCCCCCGGAGCCUUCAGUGCCCACACCAUCUCCCUCUAUCACUGUCACCUCGCCUCGGCAGUUCGCUCACUUCAUCCAACAGGACGACGUCAACUUCUUUAUGGUGAACGUGACGGAUCUCUUACACUAUGAUCCACCCUGUCCCGACGUCGAGAUCAUCUCUUUGGAGCCCGAUCCUCCUUCUAUCUCCAUGGCUCUCAUCUCUACUUCCGUCCCUCCGCCGUCCGUCGAGUCCACCCCGUCGUCGCGCGCUGACGCUGACGCUGAGGAACUCGCACGAUAUACGACCGACUUGGAGCCCGCAGUUCGUGAUCUCAUCCGAGAGUACCACGACGUUUUCCCAUCGUCGUUCUCAUAUGCCGGCAUCCCACCGAUGCGUAACGUCGAGCACUCCAUUCAGCUUGUGCCUGACUAUCGUGUUCACCACCUGGCACCCUACAGACUCUCGAUCCCCGAGGCCACCGAACUCAAGCAUCUGCUUGAGGAGCUCUUGAGACUGGGUUUCAUUAAACCCAGCAACUCCCCGUGGGGUGCACCCGUCCUCUUUGCUCGCAAAGCGGACGGAACUCUCCGUCUCUGCAUCGACUAUCGAGGUCUCAACCGCUACACGGUUAAGAACACCGAGCAGCUGAAGACCGCGUUCCGAUCGCGAUUCGGCCACUACGAGUUCACGGUGAUGCCAUUCGGCCUCACUAAUGCUCCAGCUACCUUUCAGAGAGCGAUGAACGACAUCAGGGACAUCUUGGAGCGGUACGUUCUCGUCUACCUCGACGAUAUCCUAGUCUACAGUCGUACCCUUGAGGAGCACCUCAGACAUCUCCGCGACGUCCUUGACCGCUUGCGCAGACAUGGCUUCUACGCCAAGCUGAGCAAGUGCCGCUUUGCCCAGCACAAAGUGGAUUUCUUAGGGCACUACGUGUCUGACCAGGGUCUCCACAUGGACGACGUGAAGAUCACUGCUAUUGCGGAGUGCCCCACUCCCACAUCAGCCAAGCAGCUUCGCAGCUUCCUAGGCCUGACCAGCUACUACAGUCAAGGAGGAGGAGGAGGAGGAGGGGGAGGGGAAGAUAUGGCGGAUGAAGAAGAGGAGGAGGAGGAGAAAGAUAUGGCGGAAGAGGAGGAGGAGAAGGAACAAAAGGAGGAGGAGGAGGAGGAAGAAGAAGAGGACGAGGAGGAGCAGGAGGUAGGGUGACGAUCCACUCUGCGCCGGAGGAGCAAAAUGACAACAGCUCAGUUGAUUUUGAUUUCCAGUUAAAAAAAGAAAGAGCCAAUCAAGCAAUCAAUCGAUC